UUAUAGCAGCUUCAGCGUCGUGUUCUUGGAUUCUAUAUCGGAAGACGUCAAUUUAUUUUAAUAUUUCUUCAAGACAUCGAUGCACAUUUUACGGCAAAAUAAUGAAUCUCUCGGAAUCUGUUGGCUUCUUUAUACUGUUACUUCUGUCUUUAUUGAAAUUUUCCAUUGGUCAGACUUCAUAUUCCGUCUCGGAGGAGGCGAAUAAAGGAACCGUGAUCGGAAAUAUAGCAAAAGAUCUCAAGAUAAGUGCUCAGGAACUAGAAUCCCGCAUGUUUCAGAUUAUGCCUGGAUUAAAUGCAAAGUAUUUUGAUGUAAAUGUGAAAACGGGGUCGCUGUUUGUCAAAGACAGGAUUGAUCGUGAGGAGUUGUGUGGCGUUAAUCAGAAAUGUGCACUGAAUUUAGAGGCUCUUGCUCAGAAUCCUCACAGACUUUAUCGACUUGAAAUUGUAAUUGUGGAUGUGAACGACAAUGCUCCAGUUUUUCCAAACAGCACAUAUAUUCUUAGCGUUACAGAAAAUGCGAUUGAGGGGGACAGAUUUCCUCUUCCAGUUGCAAAAGAUUUAGAUGUCGGCAGUAAUGCUCUAAAAGACUACAAACUCAGUUCAAAUGAACAUUUUUCCUUAGAUGUUCAUAGCGGGCAAAGGAGUAUAUAUGCUGAGUUAAUACUACAGAAAGCUUUAGACAGAGAAAAGCAAGCUGUUAUUCAUUUAAUACUAACGGCUAUUGACGGAGGGAAACCUCCAAAAUCUGGAACUUUGAGUAUUGUUGUUAAUGUUAAAGAUAUAAACGAUAAUAAACCUGUUUUCAGCAAAUCUUUAUACAAAGUUAAAGUGAAGGAAAACACGCCAGUUGGAACUAAAAUAAUCUCUGUAUCAGCCAGAGAUUUGGAUGAGGGCAUUAACAGCGAAAUUCAAUAUUCAUUUCUUGGACACGGAAAUAACGACGAACUGAACCGUUUUACAAUUAAUACCAAUUCUGGAGAAAUUACUGUUCAAGGUCAAAUUGAUCACGAGGAAGACUCUGCAAUUGAACUGCGUGUUCAGGCAAGUGAUAAAGGCAGUCCUUCAAAAAGUACACACUGUAAAGUUUUAAUAGAAGUUGUGGAUGAGAAUGAUAAUGCCCCAGAGAUAGUUACAACUCCACUGAUGGAAAGUGUAAAAGAGGACGCAAAAUCAGGAACCGCUGUUGCUUUAGUCACAGUUUCUGAUAAAGAUAUGGGUAAAAACGGCAUUUUACAUUGUGCUUUAAAGGGUUCGUUCCCUUUUAAACUGGAGACAUCAUACAAUAAUCAUUAUUCUCUAGUGGUAGAUGGACCACUGGACAGAGAGAGUGUUUCUCAGUAUAACAUCACUAUUACAGCUGCAGAUGAAGGAACUCCGCCUCUUUCCAGCAGCACAGUUAUAACUGUUCAUAUCUCUGAUGUUAAUGACAAUGCUCCACAUUUCUCAGCACCCGUUAUUAACGCUUUUCUAAGUGAGAAUAGUCAAGCUGGAGGUCUCGUGACAAAAGUGACUGCUGAUGAUUCAGACACUGGUGAGAACGCAGAACUUUCAUAUUCACUGUUAGACAGUUCCAGCUCUAGCAUUCCUGUAACAACACUGAUAAAUAUCAACUCUUUAAGUGGAGAAAUAUUCAGUUUGCAAUCAUUUAAUCAUGAAGAGACCAAAAGAUUUCAAUUUCAAGUUAUGGCAACAGACACUGGUGUUCCUCCUCUGAGCAGUAAUGCGACUGUAAAUGUGUUUAUUCUGGAUGAGAAUGACAACAGUCCAGUUAUUUUAGCACCUUAUUCUGAACCUGGAUCAGUUAAUACUGAGAACAUCCCCUACUCUGCUGAAGCGGGAUACUUUGUAGCCAAGAUCAGAGCCGUUGAUGCUGACUCUGGAUAUAACGCACUUCUGUCUUACCAUCUUACUGAACCCAAAGGAACUAAUCUCUUCCGCAUUGGAAGCAGCACUGGAGAAAUAAGGACUAAGAGACGAAUGAGUGACAAUGACUUAAAAACUCACCCACAGAUUAUUACAGUGUCUGAAAAUGGAGAGCCAUCGCUCUCAGCGACUACGUCCAUGGAUGUUGUGGUUCUCGAGAGUCUGGAUGACAUAAAGACAUCAUUCAGAGAAGUUCCUGUUAAAGAGGAGAGUUUUUCAGAUCUGAAUCUGUAUCUGCUCAUCGCUAUUGUCUCAGUAUCAGUCAUCUUUUUACUGAGUCUCGUGGGUUUGAUAGCAGCUAAAUGCUACAGGACAGACAGCAGUUUCAGCAGGUACGGCGCUCCAGUGAUCAACACACAUCCAGACGGCAGCUGGUCCUUCUCUAAAUCUACUCAACAGUACGACGUGUGUUUUAGUUCAGACACAAUAAAGAGUGAUGUAGUGGUUUUCCCUUCGCCGUUUCCACCAGCAGACGCGGAGCUGAUCAGCAUUAACAGUGAAGAUACUUUUACGCGCACUCAAACUCUUCCUACCAACGAGAAGCCCAAAGGCCCAAAUGCUGACUGGCGUUACUCUGCGUCGCUGAGGGCAGGAGUGCAGAGUUCUGUGCAUAUGGAGGAGGCAUCAGCUGUGAUGCAAGGAGCGCAAGGCAUGCUGGUCCAGAAUUGGCCCACGGUUUCCAGCGCAGCAGAUGGUGAAGGAGAGGGGCAGCUGUCUCCUCCUGUUGGAGCUGGAAUCAACAGUAACAGCUGGAGCUUCCGCUAUGGUGCGGGCCCCGGAUACGGCCCUCCACAAGCCCUAAAGCCGGGAGAGAUUCCCCCUGAAGCCUUCAUCAUUCCCGGCUCUCCGGCCAUCAUCUCCAUCCGGCAGGACCCAGGUGCCGUGGAUGAUAAGGGCGAGUUCAUCACUUUCGGGAAGAAAGAGGAGUCUAAGAAGAAGAAAAAGAAGAAGAAGGAAAAGAAGGACAAGAAGGAUAAAGGGAAAGAUGAUGGCGAGGAGUAAUGAAGAACGUCCCACUACAAUAUUAAAGCUAUCAACUUGCGUUUGUAGCAAAUAAUGACAGAAAGAGAAAACCAAAAAUACUGAAAACAUUAAGAGAGGAGAAAAUUCCUUCAAUAUACCAUAUCUACAAAGUCCAGGCUGAAAAGAGUUUGCUCUAUGUGCAGACACAUAUAAAUAACACAAAUUAUCCCAGUGAACAUUUACAUGACUAUAAUUGGCUAUUUUUAUAGUUCUAACCCAUCUAAGAAAGACUCUGCAGUCUACAAAAUAAAAAAACCCAGCCCACUCACGCCUUGUAAAUGAUAUUUUCAUCCACAGCAAAGGAUGUCCCUCUCUCUUAAAAGGAUCAAACUAAUUUCCAGUUAAACUGGAUAUGAACUCAUCCAAGAGUUUUCUCUGCCUUCGUCCCUCAUCUUCAUAUGGGAAAGAAACAACCUCCCCGGGCCCCCAUCUCACGUCUUGAUCUGCAAGGAAUAAAACUUUCCAGACACAAAUUUGACUGCACCUUCACCAAAAAGACCGGUGUCUGAUUUCUAUAGCAGAUCUAAAAGUAAGAGAUAGGAAUGUAGCAGUCAAAUCAACUCCUGAAAUAUUCUAGAAAAGAACAAAGAGAUCGCUACUGAUUCUGCUCCCGAACAAAUCUCAGAACGACACUUUACUCAGCAUUUUUUGUAAGAGCAAUCCAAUACUCUAAUACAAUCCAAAAUUAUGCACAUCCAAGAUAUGUAGAAAUACAAAUCGAAAAAUAUGAUGCAUAAACCUAGAGAUUGUUGCUCUCUAAAGCAUUACAGGCUGUCCGCACACUGGACAGCUAAAGGACUGAAGCACAACAGCCUCUCAAAAGUCUGUAAAAUAGUGCUCAUCGCUUCAUUUAAAAAAAAGUCAACUUCCUUUGCUGCAGUUUUGAAUGUCUGAUAGCCGUCAUCCCACUUUCCGCCAGCUUUAAGUCUUAUUCCAGCUACUUUCCAACAGCUUACACCCUUUGCAUCUCUGAUGAUAUCCGAGUUUGUUCCCUAAGUCUGUAGACACUGUACAAAAGGUGCUUGUUGCUUCAUUUCAAAACUCACUAAAUUGAUUUGCUGCCGUUUUGAAUGUUUGAUAGGCGUCAUCUUAUUUCGUCCCAUCUGUAUAAUCAUAGUCCAGCUACUUUUUUUCCUACAGCUUGUAACUAACAUUGCCAUCCUCCCUUUAUCAGAUGUGCUGUGCUGGCCUCAUGUCAGUACUGCCCCCUGGUGGUGCGUGUAGUAUAAUGUAACAGGAAAGAGCAGAAAAAAAGCCACUCCUUCUGCAGGACACAUAAGCACAUGUACUGGCCCCUACAUUCAAGUAUAAAUUCAAUAUACACCCGUGUUUAUGCUUUGACAGCAGUGGAGCUAACCGUGGACUAUGCAGCUAUGCUUAUGGAGAAGUUUAGCCAUGGCGUAUGGUGCUUUCUAGAACGAUGAUAGAGGGUUAGCGGAGAUUAGACUGAGGAACUAUAGCAGAGGGCAGUAUAGAGUUUUUCUACUGUAUAUAAUUAUUGUCGAAACAUAGCUUCAUGACAUUUUUGUAAAUAAUGGGAACAUUUUCUUAACAUUCUGACAUCAUGAUUAAGGUUUCAGUUUGUUUUCGUUCUUUUUUUAGAGGGAGCACAUCUCUUCUUUUCUUUAAAUAUACUGUUAAGUAAAGGAGAGAUGUUUGUGCUGCUAUGAGGCCGUUUCAUCACACAUACACACACACACGCACACAGACACACACUCCAGUCUCUUUCAGGUGUGGUUCAGUGCUGUCAGAUCACCAAGUGACUGUUUUGCAUGUUAAACGCAAUUAAAAACAGAAAUUAUAUAUAGAUAUUAAUGAACAGAUAUGUUUUUUCAUAAUUAUUUUUUUUCUCGUGUAUAACAGAACCGGAGAUGUGCAUCAUCUCUGCUUAAGUAUGGAAAUAUAAAUCAGAUUAUUCACGCAGACAUACACUGAUUGCAUACAUGAAGUGAGCGUAAAAAGAAGACACAGAAACGAUGUCGGCUCUGUGGCGGUCAACAUUGACAUUUACAUUCUAGGUAUAUGUAAUGCUGUAGUGUUAUGGUCUAAAUUGCUUUUCUUUAAGAUCUUAUGAUUUUUUGCAACUUGAAAGGAUCAAUCCUUUGUUUUGUGCUAGGCUUUGAAAUCAAUAACACUGUAAUGUGAAACAGUUCAUACGUCCCUAUGAUAUAAACCUCUCCCUUCAACAACAAAAUGAUAAAAAAAAAAUUACAAAAAUUUCAAAAACGAUAAAAGAGAAAAUAAAAAGGUCUAUGUAUUCUGCUUGUGUGUGGUAAUUAUAUAUCAGCUCAUGCAGUGCCUAGGUGGCACUAAGCUUUUGACUUUGACAGUGCAAAUCUGUUGGACUUUUUUGUACACCUGCUCAUCAGUGUAAUGGUGUUUAUUAUUUUAUAUUACUUUAAGAAAUCUGGUAAUGUGUUUUGUUUAUAAAUCACAAAUAAAGUUUUCUUUCAUAAGU